AUGAAUUACUGCAGACAAGGCUCUCAAUCGGAAUACCCCGAACUUUAUCGCAAAGUAUACAAGCCAGACUUGUCAGAACCCUUUAUAUGCCCACAUUUAAACCAACAGUCCAUCUUAGUGGACCCCAAGACAGGCACUCGAAAAUCACCUUUUACAAGGCGAUGUACUGCGAGAUUUUCGGAUGUUCGCACAAUGAAGGAUUUAUUUGAAAAGGGCUUGGAAAAGUCACGUUUCGAAACUUGCUUAGGACGACGUUAUAGUACGGAAGAAUCUUACACAUGGUUACAGUACAUAGAAGUUGAAGAUAGGAUACGGGCUUUUGGAUCGGCCUUAGUAAAGCUUACUGAACCUAUUCCAUUGAGUGAUAACCUUGUUGGCAUUUACGGAAGAAAUUCACCUGAGUGGUUUAUCACUCAGCACGCUUGUGUGGCGUAUGGCUUUCCUAUUGUUCCAAUUUACGCAACUUUAGGCGAUGAAGCUAUGCAGCAUAUUCUUACACAGACUGAACUUCGUGUUGUCAUGUGUGACUCAGGUGCAGAGGCAUGCCACAUUUUAGAAAAGUUCUCAUCGUCUAUAGAACUUGUCAUAAUAGCAAACGAUGGCCCGAAGGUUGCUGAAGCCAAUGCUCGAUUCUCGGAUACCGUCAACAUAUACUUAUUUGAUGAAUUCUUGAAAAUUGGAGCGAAAUAUUUUAUUCCUAAAGCGAAUCCGAAGCCUGAUGACUUGUAUAUAAUUUGUUAUACCAGCGGAAGUACAGGUUUACCAAAAGGUGUCAUGAUUGAGCAUGGUCAGAUGGUUGAUGCUGUGUUGUCUGUCAUUGAAACUGUAGAUGGGAAAUGCUGCAAUGCGCAUACAAGACAUCUUUCAUAUUUACCAUUCUGCCAUAUUAUGGAGCAAAUAAUUUCUUCUGUUGUAAUCCUCGAAGGUGCUAAAAUGGGAUUUUUGACAAAUACGAUUGAAGGACUAAUGGCUGACUGUGCAGAUUUAAAGCCAACUAUGUUAGGAGCUGUUCCUCGCGUUUUAACUCGAAUAUAUUCGAAAUAUCAAAAAGCUCUUAGUGGGUCAGCUUUGAAAACUCGUUUGUAUGACCAUGUGCUUAAGCGGAAACUAGCUGAACAAAAACAAGGAAAAUUUAAUCAUCGAAGUCUUUUGGAUACACUUUGCUUUAAAAAGCUUCGUCAGGCUCUUGGUGGACAAGUUUGUGGCAUAGUAACUGGUGGUGCACCACUCUUACCUGAAAUUAUGAGUUUUAUGCGCGUAGUGUUUAAUGGCAUCGGCAUUGAAAGUUAUGGUUGUACAGAAACUACCGGGGUCGCAACUAUCUCAGUUGUUGGAGAGUACCGAACUGGUAUAUUGGGCUGUAUUGCAUACGGUGUAGAGGUGAAAUUGAUUGAUGUACCUGAUUUGGGUCUUGUUGCACAAAGGGACAAUAGAGGAGAGAUUUGUGUUAAAGGUAGGAGAUGUACGAAAGGUUAUUACAAAGAUCCUCAAAAGACAGCUGAAUUAAUUGAUGCAGAUGGCUGGCUACAUACAGGUGAUAUUGGAGAAUGGAGUCCAGAAGGUGCACUGAAGUUGGUUGAUCGUGUUAAAAGCAUUUUCAAACUAGCUCAAGGUGAAUACGUAGCUCCAGAAAAACUUGAAACAAUCUAUCAAACCUGUAACCUUGUCAAUCAAAUUCUUGUUGAUGCAAAUUCAAAUUCCAGUUUUCUUGUUGCAAUAGUAGUGCCAGACUUCGACGAAUUGCGUGAAUUGUUUAGUAAAAGUGAACCUGGUUUGCUUAAUUUAUCUGAUCAAAAUCUUUGUCAACUUGGAAAUGUCAAGCAAAUUAUUUUGAAUUCCCUAAAUCGAAUUGCCGCUGAUAAUAACUUGAAAGGAUUUGAAAAACUGAAAAGGAUUGAGUUGAUUCAUGAAGCUUUUACAAUCGAGAACGGAUUUCUUACCCCAACGCUCAAAAUAUCCCGAAAUAAAGCCAGGAAGGCGUAUGCUGACGUCGUGAACAAAUUAUGUCAGGAAUCAACCAUUUAG